AUGCAGCCACUAACUCUCAUGGUCUUGUUUCUUGCAAGCACAUCUUUUGCAGUAAUCACAACCACCCCAGCAAGAAAAGCAGCAGUUGCCAGAGUUGCUUCACCCAAACGCCUCAGUCCUGCAAACCCACCCACAGCAAACGAUGUCAAAAACUCGCUAGACAACUGGGCUACCUCUGUAAAUACCGUCAACGCAUAUCUCGACGACCCAAACAACUCGACUAAACUCAAAACCGCCAUCGCCUUCGCAAGAGACGAACCCAUACAGCUCGCCACUCUCAUGAAAACCCCCAACCUCUCUCCAGCCGGCAUCAAAUCAGCGAAAGUCCUCAUGGCCAACUUCCCUUCCAUCGUUUCCAAUCUCCAAAAUGUGUACACCGGCGUCAUGACAACCCAAGAUGCGACUAUGGCCGUAAAUUUCAAUAGAUGCUGUACCGUACUUCCAAACAUCGGAAGUCUAUGGGCCGCAGCUACGAAUGCGACUAGGGUGAAAGAUACUCUACCUCCAAAUCUCGAAGCGCAGUGUGGGAUGAUGAGCUGUAACGUUGGAGUUAGUGGAGUUCAGGCUCAGGCUCAGGCGGCGUCAAAUGUAACGGGUUCAGCCAUGGCAUCAGGAGUGGCCCGGGCGAAGAUUGAAACUGCGUUGCCCCUCAAAGAAGCUCAAAUGUGA